GGCGGCGGCGGCGGCGGGCGGAGGCGCUGCGGGUGCGGACCGGCCCGCUCCGGCCCGGCCAUGCUGCUCACCGUGUUCUGCCUGCGCCGGGACCGCUCCGAGCUCACCUUCUCCCUGCAGGUGGACGCCGACUUCGAGCUGCAGAACUUCCGGGCGCUCUGCGAGCUGGAGUCCGGCAUCCCCGCGGCCGAGAGCCAGAUUGUCUAUGCAGAGAGGCCUCUAACUGACAACCACAGAUCAUUGGCCUCCUAUGGCUUGAAAGAUGGGGAUGUGGUGAUUUUACAGCAAAAGGAGAAUGCAGAGCCACGGCCUCCAGUCCAGUUUCCAGGUCUGCCCAGGAUAGACUUCAGCAGCAUUACAGUGCCUGGGACGUCAGCGCAGCUGCAGGAGCAGCAACCAGCGCAGCGUCCUCGCCCAUCACCUCCGGAUACACCUUCAUCCCCUCAGGGCUUGGACAAUCCAGCACUGUUACGGGACAUGUUGCUUGCCAAUCCCCACGAGCUGUCCCUGCUGAAAGAACGCAAUCCACCCCUCGCUGAGGCACUGCUCAGUGGAGACCUUGAGAAAUUUACCAGGGUGCUGGUGGAGCAGCAACAGGACCGAGCCCGCCGGGAGCAGGAGAGAAUCCGUCUGUUUUCAGCUGACCCUUUUGAUCUUGAGGCUCAGGCAAAGAUAGAAGAGGACAUAAGGCAACAAAAUAUUGAAGAGAACAUGACAAUAGCUAUGGAAGAGGCCCCAGAGAGCUUUGGCCAGGUGGUGAUGCUCUAUAUUAACUGCAAAGUCAAUGGACAUCCAGUGAAAGCCUUUGUUGACUCAGGUGCCCAAAUGACCAUUAUGAGCCAAGCUUGUGCUGAAAGGUGUAACAUAAUGAGACUGGUGGACCGGCGCUGGGCAGGCAUUGCGAAGGGAGUGGGCACACAGAAAAUCAUUGGCAGAGUGCACCUAGCUCAGGUUCAGAUUGAAGGGGAUUUUCUGCCGUGUUCUUUCUCUAUCCUCGAAGAACAGCCCAUGGAUAUGCUUCUAGGACUGGAUAUGCUUAAGAGACAUCAGUGUUCCAUUGAUCUCAAAAAGAAUGUACUAGUGAUUGGUACCACGGGAUCUCAGACAACUUUCCUUCCAGAAGGGGAGCUCCCAGAGUGUGCAAGACUGGCAUAUGGGCCAGGGCGGGAGGACAUGCGGCCGGAGGAGAUUGCAGACCAAGAACUGGCAGAAGCUCUACAGAAAUCUGUAGAGGAAGCAGAGAAUAGUGAUAAAGAAACUACCUCACUGGAAAUGCCAUCUUUACCAUCUUCUGAUGGAUUUAAGAGUCCAGUCCAUUCUUCAGGACUAAGUUCCAAGGUCUGUAAUCCCACAAAUCAAUUACUUGAUCACUCCGUCUCCGCCCCUGCUUCAAUUUGCUCACACAAAUCUAGUCUAGCAGAGAGAGAUCCUACAGCUGUGAAGUCUUUGGAGUCACCAGCUGAAUGUCAGCUAGCUCCAGACCCUCUUCUGUUACAGAAUCUUUCUGAUUAUGCUGCUCGUUCAGCACACAAUGACCAUGCUAUCCAGACUGGAGCAGUAGCCUGUCAUAGUCCAACUAUACCUUCACAGAACACACUUGAAAAAACAGUCGCCGCUGACCGUCUAAUGAAAUAUAAUAUUAAAGAACAAGCCCAUGGUCUGGAAUCUCCUAUGGAAGUGACAAGAGAAGGCAGCUUGGCUGACACCACCAGCAAGCAUGGGCAGCAGGCAGUUCUAGAUGUACCAUUGCCUUCAGAACAGCUGGAGCUGAACCAAAUGAAUGAGUUUCCUUUGGAUCUUCAGACAUACAAAGAACCAGUGAGUGAACAAUGUCUGGAUAAACAGAAUGAACCAACUGAGCCAGACCAUCCUUGUAAUGUCAGUGCCCUUGAGUUACCUGCUGUGGGGGAGCCAGGCCUCACGAACAUCCAGCCAGAAUCACCCAUUGACUCUCUUACUGAGAGACGAAAAAGUGGGCGGGAGACUAUAGAGCUUUCGUGUGGGAAAGAAAAUAUCCCAAUGUCAGCACCCCGUGGCUGUACACAUACAGAAAUCUUCAUGGAAACGGAUGUAGCUGAGCAGUCUGUCAUCACAGUGCAUAGCUUGUCAAGCAAACAGAACGCUCAAGCAAAGAAUAUUGGUGGAUCUGUUCUGAACUUAGAUUGUUCUUUGAUGCAGAUGGAGUCAUCAAAGCAUGACCCCUCUGUGUCUGUAUUUUCGAGUAACCCGGUUUCCACUAGUGAUUUACUGCAGCCUGAAACCAGCGUUGAAAUGACUGCAGUAUGUACGGAGUUACCUAAUUUAUCAGCUGAAAAUAGCUCUUCCUCCUCUGACAUUCAUCAGCUGAACGGUGAUACAGCAGCAUCCACUGAAGAGCCAAGUUUAUCUUUAACAGCAGCGUUGAAGGAGCUUCAUGAACUUUUGGUUAUAAAUAGUAAAGGAGAUUCUGUCAUUUUUAUGUCUGAAGAAGACACAGAUCAGCCAGAAACUGUUCUUGAAGAGCAAAUGGAAUGCAAGGAGCUUUCUGAUGAUGAACAUGCAAGUGUGGGUCCGGAGCGUGGGGAUCUAAAUAGUUCUUUUCAUAUGGUGAUGCCUGAACAUGUGAACCCUGAGGGGCUAGCAGGGGCACCAUCUUAUGCUAUGGGAAUAGAAAAUGCUAGCAUCAAGAUUUUAACUAGCAGCCAGUCAACUGUUGAAAAAGAUGCUCUAGAGAUACAGAAAUCAUCAAGUAAGAGUAAUUCUGUCAUUCUGAGCUCAGUUGCAACAUUUGAGCAACUACAGAGGACUGAGCAGGCAGAAAUUUUACCUGAAUGUUUAGUAAAUGACCAAGUUCCAGCCAGUCAGACUUUAGAGCUGAAUAGAUCACGUUCACCUGAGCUCACGGUGGAGGAUGACGUUCCUCGGGAGGCUCAGAGCCUGUUAACAGAAGUGUCUGAAAUAAGUGACAGUUCCUCAAAUCCUGAAGAUCCAAGGCCACCAUGUGGACUUGUUGAGCCAUUGCUCUGCCCCCCAGUCAGCAAUCUGGAACUGCGCUCCAGAGCUCCUCCGCUGCCUGUUUUCCCUGCAGCCGACAUUAAUCAGAUUCUGUGCGCUGGCUUUACCAUGCGGGAAGCUCUUGAAGCUUUGGAGCAAGCUGGUGGAAAUGCAAACCUUGCUCUUCUCUUUUUAUUAGCCAAGAAUAUUGUAGUUCCUACGUGACCAUGGAAAAGAUGGCCUGGCUGCUCCAUCCUCCUUUUAAAGAACGUAUCUAAAUGAUAUAGAAUAACCUGCAAGCUGAAUGUGGUCAGAUUUUUAAAAAAAAAAAUUUCAGCCAAAGUAAUUUAUGAUCUCUUCUGUGUGUGUCACGCGUUAAAUUUGGGCCUUUUAAAAGAAAAGUCUUGGCAUUGUGUAAACACAUUAGCUUUGAAUUUUCCUUGAGAUAGUGCAUACUGGAAUAAAAUUGUUUUUAUUUAAUUGUAUGAUUUUAGAAUGAGCUCCGAUAUUAUGAAUUAAAAAGCAGAAGCCAUUGAGGAAACCACCACCCCGUUCAGCAAAAAGCAGAUUGUGAAAUGAACUGAAUGUGCAUGUACGUGCAUCCCCAAGGCAGUGCAGAGCAUGUGCUGUUAUAGGAGAGGCGCACACAAGCUAGGAAUUCAGUAUGGUACAAACUGAAACGAAGUUUGUUAAAUUAAGCUGUUUGGAAUUGUACCAGUCAUCACUCUACUGUGCUUUAUAAUCUGAUGCUGAUGAAGAAUUGUAGCGGCUACUAGAGGUAUGUCAGUGCCCACAGGGCUCCGGAUCCAAAAAAGUUUUGCGGGGAUGUUCAAAGCUUGCACCUUUUUGUGCGUUGAUAGCUGAUGCCUAGGUUGCCAAAAUGUAUUCUGCUAUUGGGCCAGCGUGUUAAAGUUUACAUAGUGGGGCAGGGGGAGGAGGGAGAUAAAAUUUGGUGCUACCAAAAAUAAGAGACAAGGCAAAUGAUCUGAAGAUAUCCUGGUGUUAAUCUUUUAUUUCAUUUCCCCAGUGAAGGGUAUUUUACCCCUUUAUAGAUUUGCCCAUAUCUUCCUCCACAGAGAAAGGGGGGGGAAGCCUUCUUAAGCAGAUACCUUUUAAUUUGUUUUGUUAAACAAUUUCAUUAAUUGCAUCUGUUGCUAUGGCUCUUUUCUCCUUUUGCCCCAGUCCCCUACAAAGGCAUAUCCUGUAACUGUUCAGAGAACGAAUUCUCUACGCGCUGAGUAGGGACAUAUAAUUUAAAGGGCUGAAGACAUUUCCUUUGCACUAGUUUAUCUCAAUGCUUGGGGGUGAUCAACCCCUCAGCCCUUUUUAAAAUGAACACUCCAAGGCUAUGAUCUUCACUGUAGAAAUCUUCACUGCAAAAACUCUUUGUGGAUCGCAGUGUAGUACCAUGUGAUAGAUGAAGACUCUCCACAUAAAGCACCUUGAAGCUAGGGCACUGAUCUGGCUUCUGUAUUACAACCAUUGAAGCCUUUCAGGAGGUUCCCAUCAAGAACUGCCUUUUUAGGACCCACAGAGACUGUGCUCAGGAAAGCCUGGUUCCAGGGAAUCAGGUGCUUUCCUGGGGAUGAACUACUUUCUCCUGUUUUACGGAGGUUCAUGACACGAUUGAGGAGGGGAAGAGGGAAAAGCGUGAUACAAAUUGUGAGUAGAAACCUUAAGCCGGUCCCAUUUGCAAAUCUCUGAAGUGGCUUCGCCUAAAAUGUAAUCUCUGACUUCCUGCUUCAGACAAAUAAACUGAAGUCAUAAGUCCACAGUGACUGGCGAUCCAUUUUCUCAACACAUUACGUACGUUGGGUUUGUCUGGGGCUCAGAACUUGUCCCUAUUUUUUCUUGCUUAGAAUAUUUGCAUAUGUGCAUUUGGGGGCUUUCAGGGGAGCGAUAUAUAAACCGCAUACAUUCAAUCGGAUAUAUAGACUUGUGCGAGUCCCAGAUGGCAGUGAGGGAUAACUGGGGUUGGGUUUUUUUUGUUUUUUUUUUCAGUGUGUAAUGUAGUCAAGGACAGCUUUGAGGAGUCCUGUGAAUACCCAAUAGAGCUUUCACAGGAAUUGUGACUAUAGAACUGAACCUAGGAAACAUCAGAUGAUUUAUUUUAAACCCUGCUCAAGGCUUCUUGAGGAAAUACUGGUGUUUCAGGAUUUUUACCAAGCACUAAAGCCUUGAUAAGCAGGUGGUGGCAGUAAGCACCUUAUGAAAUAUUCUACAGUGAGCAGUACCCCUGUGGUAAGCUGUAGUGUCUUGGGUCAUUAUUGUAGAACUGACUUAUAAGUGCCCUUUCUAAAGGGCCUUUGGAAAUUAGAUGUACUAUCCUAUCCUAGAACAUCUCUGGUCAAAUGGAACUGCUGUAGGAAGUUUUGAGGGGAAGUUCUCGGGCCAGUGUCAUACAGGAGGUUAGACCAGAUGAUCAUAAUGGUCCCUUCUGGCCUUGGAAUCUAUGAAGCUAUCCCUAUUUGCCUCUGCUUCCAAACACUAGCUAGUAGUAAAGCUCCUUUCCUUCCCAUCUAGACUGUUCUCAAUCCAAACAGCCAGGCUCUGCGCCUAGGUAUGCUCUUGCAGCACCAUGGACUUCAGUGGGAUCUUCUUGGAGAAGAUGCUUGGCUGGUAUAUGCUGUCAUAGCUCAGUUGAAGACACCUGCUGAGGGUCUGCCCUUUUGUGUAUAUGUAAGAUCUGAACUUGCUGCCCUUAGCACACAGUUUGAUUUACUGCCUGCUAUUUAAAACACCAGAUAUUAGUCAUCCGAUGUUACAAUACCCGUGUCAGAUUUAUGUGUUAAUUUUUUUACAAGCAGUUGCUAAUAGCUAAAUGAAGUAUGGCUGCUUUGCACCAGACCGGUUGAAGGUUCUAGUUUUAUGGCCAUAGUUAGUUACAGAUUGCACCUGCACAAUUUAUGCUAAUAAAACGUUAGCGCAUCAGCCAGUUGGCUUUGAUAGUUUUAUUUUUUUCUGUCCUAUACUACCGUUUUUAAAUUUUUAUGUUUUUGAACUCUUCCCGUGCUUUACAGAAAAUAAACGCAAAUCAGUACUGCUAGAAUUUCCUGUGUCCCUUUCUCUAAAUGGCUGGAAACAGAGGCCUGACCCCAAAAUUGUAAAAUAGCUGCAAGUACUACUUAAGAUCUAUCUAAACCUGGUGAGUUUAAGGUCUUUAUUAUAUGAAACUUUACUUUGAGUGAGCAAUGCAAUGGGAUUAAAUUAGAGAAUAAACAGAACUGAAUAAUUUUGUCUCUUAAGGAACAAGAUCCAAUAAACAGAAUUAUAAAAUUGAAAAAAAAGUUUGUUUCUAAAACAAUUUACUUGAAUCUUCUUAAUCCAAUAGACUGCAUAGCAUUGUUUUUCCUUAGAGAGAGUGCUACCUAAGAACUGUCUUCUAUUUUAACGUGUAGCACGAGUCCUUUUGCUGUGCAGUAUGCUACCUCUGUACAAAGUGAUGUGGAAUCACUGUUGGAUGACAGUGAUAGGACAGACUACAUAUAUUUGUCCUCAGAGGAGAGGAUUUUGCCUCUUCCCUCUUUCCCCUUCUUCCCCCUCCCCUCACCCCC